AUGCCGUCUGAAAAACAGUUCACGGUCUUACACAUCGGCGACGAUAUCGUAUACAACCCAGAUGUUUAUAAAGCCUUCUCUUCGCAGUUUAACGUCAUCCAACCAUCACUUGAAGAGCGCCAAAGAGACAACUUCAUUACUGCCCUCAGGGAACGAAGAUGGGGUGACUUCCAUGCCGUAUUCCGACCCUUCUGGAAUUCGGGGGGUGAGAUGGGGAAAUGGGACCCAGAGCUCGUUCCCCAUCUUCCCAAGACGUGCAAGAUCUUUGCGAGUGCAGGAGCAGGAUACGACUGGGCAGACAUUCCAACGCUGUCAAAACAUGUACUGAUAAUGGCAGGCAUCACAUAUUGCAACGGCGCCCGGGCUUCAUCAGAAGCAGUCGCCGACAUGGCAAUAUGGCACAUCCUCUCCGUUUUCCGGAACUUGAUCUGGAGCGCCGAAGCCGCCAAGUCAGGCGAUGUGGAGCAAUGGAAGUUCGCGCACAAGCAUCAGCAGGACACUGCCUUCAAUCCACGAGGUCGCUCAUUAGGCAUCAUCGGCUUGGGAAAUAUCGGGGAAACGAUUGCGCGAAAAGCGUGGUUGGGCUUCGGCAUGAAUGUGCUGUAUCACGACAUUGCGCGCAAAUCAGAUGAGAUUGAAAAAGCAGUGAAUGCGACCUUUUAUGACAAGAUGGACGAUAUGCUGGCGGUUGCAGACUGCACUGUCGUAGCAACUCCUUUCUUUGGCGAGAAGCUUAUCACCGUUGAGCGAUUGCGGAAGUUCAAGAAAGGCAGUCGAUUUGUGAACAUCGCGCGAGGGACGCUGGUCGAUGAAGAUGCGCUCGUUGAUGCGCUGAAGAGCGGGCACAUCUUUGCUGCAGGGCUUGAUGUUCAUGCAAAUGAGCCACAUGUUCAUCAGGAGUUCACCAAGAUGCGGAAUGUGACAUUGACCUGUCACAAUGCGGGUGGUGCGUGGGAUACAGCUGCUGGCUUCGAGCGGUUAGCUAUGGAGAAUAUUGAAGCGUUCUUGAAGGAUGGGAAGGCUUUGACACCAGUCAAUGCGCAUCUUGUGCAAACGAGUGAGAAUAUAGUCUAA